UCAGCCACCUUCUGUGUCGCUACAGUGGCUCUGCACUCAAAUUAAUCCCUGGCGAUGAAAAAUGAGCCUCUCCCCCACCCCAGAGGCUGCCUUUCGCCUCCCGCCCCCAGAGAAGAGUUUCUUCGCCAGGCAGCUCGUGAAAGUUUCUUUCCAAGUCACAUGAUCCAGGAUGCAGGGGAGAAUCCUUCUUGGAACCGAGGUGGGCCCGAACCGAAUCAGAUGAGGACAGAGAGGUGUGAUGCGGGGAAGACUAUAUAAGAAUGGGCCCAGGACCGCAGCAAGCACUCCGCUGGGUGGCCCCUUCUCAGCACGCAGCCAUGCAUGAGCCGGCAGGCUCCGUCACCAGCCACUUGGGGACCACGAGCCGCAGUUAUUUCUACCUCACCACAGCCUCGCUGGCUCUGUGUCUCGUCUUCGCCCUGGCGACCAUUAUGGUGUUGGUGGUUCAGAGGACGGACUCCAUUCCAACGCCUCCGGGAAAAUUCCCCCUUAAAGGAGGAAAUUGUUCAGAGGACAUCUUAUGUAUCCUGGAAAGGGCUCCACUCAAGAAGUCAUGGGCCUACCUCCAAGUGUCAAAGCACAUAAACAAAACCAAGUUGUCUUGGAACAAAGAUGGCAUUGUCCACGGAGUCAGAUAUCAGGAUGGGAGUCUGGUGAUCCAGUUCCCAGGUUGGUACAUCAUUAUUUGCCAACUGCAGUUUCACGUGAAUUGCCCGGAACAUUCUGUCGACCUCAAGUUGGUACUUCUCAUCAACAAAGACGUCAAAAGGCAGACAGUGGUGACAGUGUGUGAGUCCGGAAUGCAAACCAAGAACAUCUACCAGAGUCUCUCUCAGUUCCUGCUGGAGCAUCUCCAGGUCAAUGCCACCAUAUCGGUCGAGGUGGAUAAAAUUCAGUAUGUGGAUACAAAAACCUUUCCUCUUGAUAACGUGCUGUCCAUCUUCUUAUACAGUGGUUCAGACUGAACCCUUUCUCCUCGCCUCUACCCGACAGCACUGCAUCCAUCCAAACACUUGGGCAAAGAGGAAACUUUAGACCAUGACUGAAACCACAAAGGGUAUUACAUACUACGCUUUUCCUUCUGUCUCUUGGGAAGACACAGCUCCAGGGUUUAAAAGAAAAUUUCGAGUGAAGCAUCUUUCAGAGAGAAGGCAGGGAAGCAAUGUGGCGCGGUGGACAGACGCCCCAUGGGAAUCAGAAGGGAUGGAUGUGUGCCCCAGCCACUGGCUCACUGUACGACCUGGAGCUAUUCCUUUUCCCUCCUUGGAACUCAGGAUCCACGUCUGGGAAAUGAAGGGGCUGGAUUGGAACCUCUCCAAAGUCUCCUCCAUUUCAGAAGACCAGCCCCUCUGGUCACAGACCCAUGAGCUAAGCUUCCAGACAGGGUUCUGGAAGCCCCCCACCAAUGGGAAGGCCCCCACACCAGGACAAAACCAAUGGUACCAGCAGCAUCUGGCUGUGUAUCACCUCAGCAGAGGCAGAAUUUGGAGACAAGGUUCAGGGCACCUUGCCACAGAAUGUGACUUGUAGGACCUAACAUGUGUCAGAGAAAGGACUGCCAAACUGACCACACCAAAACUGAGAGGCCUUGUGGAUAUCUGGAAACCCAUCUGACCAGGCUUGACUCCUUUCCGGUGAAGAUGUACAAUCACUCAACAAAAGACGGCUUCUGGUUGCUCCAGGAGGGGGCUGGGCGUUCCGCACACGCUCACGUCAGUGUGCAGGGGGCUAGGGUCCUUCGAUCGGGGCAUAGCUGCCACCAUCCCCCACGUGAUCUCACUCUGCUCCCUGCUGCAAACAUCUCUCAGAGACCAUUUCUAUGGAGGCUUUCUGAGCCCCACAAAGUUGUUCAUAGACGAGGAUGACCCUGAAAAUGAUGGAAAGGAUUGCUGAACAAGGCAACCUCCUCUCCUGAUUGGGUAGCCAGGAGACUUCUCUAGCUGCAUCAACCCUGACCUCUGCCCAUCGUCUUCGAAGGAGCAUCUCGUUGUUUCAAAGGACCAUUGGACUUGAAGUAUAAGCCACUUACACUUGAAGGUUACGCAUCAGAGAGAAAAGGGACCCUGCGGGGCCAAAGACGGGGCAGAAUUUGCAUUUUUCUCAAGAAGGAGGGGAGAAAAGAAAGAAUUUUGUCCAAGAUUAGAAAAGGUUUAAAAGAAGAAAAAAAAAUCACUGGUGGUGGUAUGGAUGAGAGGGACUUGGGACAGCAGAAAUGACAAAAGGAAAAUGUUAAGUCAUUUGCUGAGCAGCAUGCUCUGGUGAUUCCUCCUAGGUCAAGGAAAUACUCAGUAAAGUCUGUUUCUCUUAAACGCUCUCUGUGAGUAGAUUCUUUGGGAGCAGGGGGUAGGAAAGAGGUGUUGAACUCUGCAAGACAAGCAGUAUGUGAUAAAAAUAAAGGCAGGCUAUGAGAACCCAAAACUAGAGAAUAAGGAGACCUCUGGCAUUUGGGUUAUAUCCUAACUCUGCAGGACAAAUGACUCUUGCCCCAAACCCCCUCCUGCAUGCAUUCUGGAAAAGGUAUCUGCAACCUAAGCAUGCGUAAAGUAAGCACAUUGUUUAACGUUUCAUACUUCAAUUCAAGAAGGAUUCCAUGUGCACUGUUCACCAACCAUCCCUGAGCAGAGGUGCCUGACUUUGACUAUGUGUGGGAUUCCCAAUAUCAGUGUCUCUCAAGCAAUACUGACAGCCAACAGCUGGCGACAUAGGGGCUUAGCAUUCAAAAGAAUCUGGUAGCAAGACAAAGCAGUAAGAGAGCAAUCUUUAGUAACUCCCCUGAUAGAUACAUACGGAGUGGACAACCUAGAAAGUUCAAAACUAAAUUCUGUUACUCCCUGAGCGUUAACCAGCCCCUGGGAAUAUUAUGAGCAAAUGACACAAUCUAUAUAAAUAAAGUAAAUGAUUUUGGUAAUUGGAAACUCGGGCUACCUGAAGCAUAUGCCUUUUUGGUAAAAACUCAACUACUCUUCCCUCCACCUCUCAGCACACACACACCCCAUACGUGUAGAAGGAGGGAGAGUUGGUGAAAAGUAACAAGUCACUGUAGACUACAUAUAUCCCUGCCCUUGCAAAAUGUUACACCACUGAUUAUUCUACACAAGGACAAAGCCCUUAAGUUAAGAGGAUAGAGUAGUCUGUCUGCGUCAUCUAGAAAGAUCCUGAGAGAUCAGCUGAGCCAAUGUUUGUUUUUUGUUAAUCCUCACCCUAGGAUAUUUUUUCCAUUGAUUUUUAGAAAGAAAGGAGUGAGGGGAGAGAGAGAGAGAGAGAGA